AUGGGGACCUGGAUUCUGUUUGCCUGCCUUUUGGGAGCAGCCUUUGCUAUGCCCCUACCACCUCAUCCUGGGCACCCUGGUUAUAUCAACUUCAGCUAUGAGGUGCUCACCCCUCUGAAGUGGUACCAGAGCAUGAUAAGGCAGCCGUACACUUCCUAUGGUUACGAACCCAUGGGUGGAUGGCUGCACCACCAAAUCAUUCCCGUGCUGUCCCAGCAGAACCCCCCGAAUCACGCCCUACAGCCUCAUCACCACAUCCCCGUGGUGCCAGCUCAGCAGCCCGUGGUCCCCCAGCAGCCAAUGAUGCCAGUUCCUGGCCAACACUCCAUGACUCCAACCCAACACCACCAGCCAAACGUCCUUCCGCCCGCCCAGCAGCCCUAUCAGCCCCAGCCCGUCCAGCCGCAGCCUCACCAGCCCAUCCAGCCCCAGCCACCCGUACACCCCAUCCAGCCCCUGCCACCCCAGCCACCUCUGCCUCCGAUGUUCCCCAUGCAGCCCCUGCCCCCCAUGCUUCCUGACCUGCCUCUGGAAGCUUGGCCCGCCACAGACAAGACCAAGCGGGAAGAAGUGGUGAGUAUCUCCCGAAGCCACUACAACACCCGUGGGAAUGGUGAAGCGAAGCUGGCCCCCGGAGUUCUCAGUUCUCCAACCAUCUAG